GAGACUGCAGAGCAGCCUCCUGUUGCAUCAGAUGCUUCUCAGGGGACCUGAGUUGGGAGCCUCUGACUGGUCUUUUAAUAGCUGCCCCAUUGAUCUGGCCUCCUGGGGCAGCACCAGCAGCGCUGGCUCAGCCUUCAUCAGACACUCAGGUUUCCCUCCUGGGGGCUGGUGUCAAGCGCUGGGGAAUCGCACUGGUUUUGCUCUGACCUGAUGCUCCCCACACGUGUCCCCUAGGCCUGGGGGUAGGGAGAGGGUAGGCUUGGCCUUGUCAUUUCAUGAAUGGCUGAAUACACCCCCAUGACCUACCAGAAUGGGUGCUCUGUAGGGAGUGGUAUUAUCCUCAAAAGAAUAUUGUUGACUUUUAGUAAAAUGGGACAAUGACUGCCUUCCUUCAGGAUUGUUACAAGGAUACAUAAAAUGCAUAAUAGGGGACCUGGACUCACUUGAAAGAUGGUUAUCAUCUCUUGCAGUUUCUUUCUGCUGCUACUUUUUGUGUUUCAUAUUUGUUGUUGUUGUUCAGUUAUUCAGUUGUGUCCAACUCUUUUUGACCCCAUGAACUGUAGCACGCCAGGCAACCCUGUCCUUCACCAGCUCCCAGAGCUUGCUCAAACUCGUGUCCAUUGAGUUGGUGAUGCCAUCCAACCAUCUCAUCCUCUGUUGUCCCCUUCUCCUCCUACCUUCAAUCUUUCCUAGCAUCAGGAUCUUUUCCAGUGAGUCAGUUCUUCCCAUCAGGUGGCCAAAGUAUUGGAGCUUCAGCUUCAGCAUCAGCCCUUCCAAUGAAUACUCAGGAUUGAUUUCCUUUAGGAUUGACAGGUUUCUCCUUGCAGUCCAAGGGAUUCUCAAAAGUCUUCUGUAACACAUUCAAAAACAUCAGUUCUUUGACGCUCAGCUUCUUUAUAGUUCAACUCUCACAUCCAUACAUGACUGUUGGAAAAACCAUAGCUUUGACUAGACAGACCUUUGUCGGCAAAGUACUCUCUCUGCUUUUUAAUAUGCCUUCUAGAUUUGUCAUAGCUUUUCUUCCAAGGAGCAAGUGUCUUUUAAUUUCAUGGCUGAAGUCACCAUCUGCAGUGAUUUUGGAGCCCAAGAAAAUAAAAUCUGUCACUGUUUCCAUUUCCAUUGUUUCCCCAUCUAUCUGUGAUGAAGUGAUGGGACUGGAUGCCAUGAUCUUCGUUUUUUGGAUGUUGAGUCUUAAACCAGCUUUUUCACUCUCACUCUUUCACCUUCAUCAAGAGGCACUUUAGUUCCUCUUCGCUUUCUGCCAUUAGGGUGGUGUCAUCUGCAUAUCUGAAGUUAUUGAUAUUUCUCCCCCUGGCAAUCUUGAUUCCAGCUUGUGCUUCAUCCAGUCUGGCAUUUUGCAUGAUGUACUCUGCAUAUAAGUUAAAUAAGCAGGGUGACAAUAUACAGCCUUGACAUACUCCUUUCCCAAUUUGGAACCAGUCCAUUGUUCCAUGUCCAGUUCUAACUGUUGCUUCUUGACCUGCAUACAGGUUUCUAAGGAGGGAGGUGAGGUGGUCUGGUAUUCCCAUCUCUUUAAGAAUUUUCCAGUUUGUUGUGAUCCACACAGUCAAAGGCUUUGACAUAGUCAAUGAAGCACAAGUAGAUGUUUUUCUGAAACUCUCCUGCGUUUUUCUAUGAUCCAAUGGUUGUUGGCAAUUUGAUCUGGUUCCUGUGCCUUUUUGUAAAUCCAGCUUGAAUAUCUAAAAGCUCUCGGUUCACAUACUGUUGAAACCUAGCUCGGAGAAUUUUGAGCAUUACUUUGGUAGCGUGUGAGAUGCAUUCAAUUGUGCAGUAGUUUGAACAUUCUUUGGCAUUGCCUUUCUUUGGGAUUGGAAUGAAAACUGACCUUUUCCAGUCCUGUGGUCACUGAUGAGUUUUCCAAAUUUGUUGGCAUAUUGAGUGCAGCACUUUAACAGCAUCAUCUUUUAUGUAUUUUAUAUGAGUGUGUGUGUAUAUAUAUAUACAUAUACAUAUAUACAUAUACAUUCAUUCAUUUUCUCCCAGCUCCCCACCUCCUUCUCUCCAUUUCUGACAAAGCUUCCACCAUUUUGCAAGGGACUGUAGCUUCUCUCUUAAACUGAUAGACAGUGAAAGGGUUUUUUGGAUUGUCCUCACAUAACCAAUAUCAUCACCUUAAUUCAAAAGGAGACGUGAAGUUCAAUGAAAGGGACAACUUAAUAAAUGUGGAGAUGCUCCUCCCAUCUUACUCCAUCCCACUCUUUAAAAGGUCAGUUUCUCUUUAAAUGCAAAUUACCUACUGCGAGCUCAGCUUCCACCCAUUCCGUUCCCUAGCUGGAGAGUGCUGAGGGCGGAGGGAACCGGCAAGGAAGCAUCACUCCAGACCCUAAAUCUUCAGGGCCUGAGGCCUAGUCAGCAUCCAAUGGAGGACAAGAAGAAGAAAAGGAGUCCCAAGCCCUGUUUGACCCAGCCAGCCCAGCCGCCAGGCACACUACGCAGGGUCCCAGUGCCCACCAGCCACAGUGGCUCCUUGGCCCUGGGACUCCCUCAUCUGCCAUCCCCCAAACAGCGGACCAAGUUCAAGAGGGUAGGCAAGGAGAAAUGCCGCCCCGUGCUGGCAGGAGGUGCAGGCGGCUCUGCAGGCACCCCCCUGCAGCACUCUUUCCUGACUGAGGUGACCGACGUCUAUGAAAUGGAAGGGGGGCUGCUGAACCUGCUCAAUGACUUCCACUCAGGCCGGCUGCAGGCCUUCGGGAAGGAAUGCUCCUUCGAGCAGUUGGAGCACGUGCGGGAGAUGCAGGAGAAGCUGGCCCGGCUGCACUUCAGCCUAGACGUGUGUGGAGAGGAGGAAGAGGAGGAGGAGGAAGAGGACGGGGUGACUGGCGGGCUGCCUGAGGAGCAGAAGAAGACGAUGGCUGACCGCAACCUGGACCAGCUGCUUAGCAAUCUGGAAGAUCUUAGUAAUUCCAUACAGAAGCUGCACCUGGCCGAGAACGCCGAGCCUGAGGAGCCGUCAGCUGUGUAGGUGUAAGACCCAAGCCUUGACUGUCCCUUCUCAUUUCCUUCAAACUGUGACUUUUUUACGGACUCGAGUGGGUGUUUCGCGGCCCCCCCAGGUGCUAUGGGAGAGGGGGGCACUGAAUGGAAUUAAACCAGAAUGAAAGAAA